AUGGGCAAAGUCAUUAAGGCCGGCAUUGAGCGCAAGCUGUGGUCGCGUGAGGACCUUGUGAUCAGUACCAAGCUCUUUUUCGGGACUAAGUCUGGCCCCAACGACGUGGGUUACAGCCGCAAGCACCUUAUCGAAGGUAAGAAGACAUCGCUCAAGCGCUUUAAGCUGACUAUGGCUGGGCUGGGUUUCUACUGGGGCACCAGCGAAUGGUGUGCCAACGAUAUCCUCCAGGCCUGCGAGAUCGCUAAUCGUCUCGGUCUGAUCCGCUCCGUGUUUGAACAACCGCAGUAUCACAUCUUAGAGCGCUCGCGUGUCGAAUAUGACUUUAAUGUAUUGUACAAAAAGUACAACUACGGUCUCACGAUGUGGUCGCCGUUGGCAUCAGUUCUGUUGUCGGACGAUCUGGAGGAGAAGAUUGCUAAAGCCGACGAGCUUGCUGAUGUGGCGAAGGAAGUGGGUUGCUCGGUUGCGCAGCUGUCAAUUGUCUGGGUGGCGGCCAACCCACACGUGUCCACGGUAAUUCUUGGCGCUACUAGUGUCAAGCAGCUAGAUGAAAACCUGAAGGCAAUGGAUUUUGUGGACAAGAUCACACCGGAGGUUCGCAAGAAGAUUGACGCCAUUGCCGACUAUCAACCCAAGUUCAUUCCUCAGGCUGAGUCUCACGUGAUUAAUCUACGUCGGAAAUGGCUGUAA